CAACAACAUGCUGCUCAGUAGUCCAACGAGGGUUGCAGGAAAACUAGUAAAACUCGAUGCAGCUAAGUUCUUAUCACCAAUAGCAGCUGCUGUCUCCAUUUGUGGUGCAAGGUGGGCUUCAAAGAAAUCUGGUGGAUCAUCCAAAAAUCAUGGUGGUAAAAGCCCUGGUCAAAGGCUUGGAAUCAAGAAAAAAGAAGGUGAAUAUGUUCAGCAGGGAAUGAUUCUAGUAAGACAAAAAGGGUACAGAUGGUUUCCUGGUUCUUUUGUUGGUGUUGGGAGAGACAAGACUUUAUUUGCUUUACAACCAGGAAUAGUAAAAUAUAGCAAAGAACGAUGGAUACCCAGACUGGACACACUGUGGGGAAUGUAUGUAGCACCAACAUUAUCAGAUGAUGAUAUGAUGAGAACAUUUGUACAUAUCAUACCAGAACCACAAAAAGGGAAAUUUAAACUUGUUGACCAGGUUUAACUUGCUUUAAAAUGUUGUGGAAUUGUAAAUCGAGUGGUUACUUUGUAUGAAGCAAGGUUGUGAUGAUACAAGUCGCAUCCACAAACUAAGCAUGCACAGAAUAUUGUAUUGAGAUAGAUAGAAGACUUGAACAAGUGGGAGAGGCUGUACUUGGAGGUGGUUUUAUUAAAAAGUAAACGUUGUGAAAUAUUUGUAGUUAUGAUUAUUUAUUGCUGUUUACAAUACUGAUAUGAAAAGUAUACAUCACGAAUCAUAGUGUAAAGAAUAAAAUGAUUUUGAUAGAAAAAUGAUUGUACAUAUCCACUAAAAGAUGGUGAAACAGUGAAAAAUGUUCACUAUGCAUUAGUUAUUGUUAAUACAGUAAUUGAUAUAUUAGAAGCACAUCUUCAGUUAAGAAGCUUACUACUAAUACUAAUAAAGUAUGGUUGCCAGACUACAAAGGCCGGAUCAUACAGUGAAAAUUGAUUGAGCUUGACAUGAGCAGCAUUUUGUUUGGUGAUUUACAGAAAACAAUAACCGGUAUAAUAUUGCAUCAACGUGAAUCUGCCACCAAACAGGUGGCUGAUGUUUAUAAACCCUAGGCGACAACUUGUGUGACUUUUGCAUUUAGAAUAAUCAAUGUCAACUAUGUUUAUAGUAAUCAGCUGCUACAUUAUCUUUGACUUUCUUUGAUUCAGUAAAGUGUUUUGUCUCAUUUAAAUAAAACUACAAAAGGCGUCAAACUCCACUGAUUUUUGCUGUAAUAAGAAUGGUAACUUGUGAAUGUGCUCUUGAUUCACCAAUCAAUCCUAACCUUAGUUAAUUUGAGCUUACUAAUAUAUUGUAUAAAUUUCCAAGUCAUUAACAAUUAUAAAA